GUUGUAUAGAAAAGUGCGAAACAUUCGCGGUGCGUCUCCGUGCGGGAAAUUUUUUUUCCGGUUUGUUGAGUUAUUUUCUGCGAUUGUUUGUUAGAUAGUGCUGUAAAAGUGUUCAAAGUUUGCUCCCGAUUGGAAUUACUAACGGAAAAGACAAAAAUGGCAGAAGUUGGAUCAGCCACUCCCGACGAUAUGUGGACGCCAUUCAAGCAUCUAUACAACAGCAUCGAAGCUUUUCUGCUUCCCUCAACACCGGUUGGCCAGCAACAGGAGCAGAAUGUAGCCUGUUUGGAUGCGUUGCUGCGUAAGCACAAACAGAAUUUCACCACCCUGUUGCGGAAUCCACCGAAAAAUGCCAAAAGUCGUGAAGCUAUCCGGCAGGGAAUAACCGAAGGAAUUACACUGCCCGAGUUUGGACAUACAAUACUGUCGAAGGAUCUGGUGGAUGAAAGUGUAAUCAUUUCCGAUAUGUACGAUUUGAACGAGUACAUUGCGUUGGAGUUGCUUUGUACCGCCCAGCAGCAGAUGCCGAACCAUCCGGGAUUGCCGCGUGGUUUGGUUGCGGUUUUGUUAUAUUACGACGGACGAAAAUCGUUGGUGGCCAGUUUGAAGGAAUUGUUUCAAGCUCGGUCAGGGGUUAGUUGGUGCACGGAUGCCCCGACUGAGAUUACUCAGCUAAUUACGACGUACACGGAUUUGUUGGUGUCCGAUGGAGUGCUGGAGAAAAUUCUGGAUUUGUUGGAAGAACUGGACGUGACGAAGGAACUGGAUGUUCUAACGACAAACCGUGCGCUUGGUCCUCCGAAGCAUCACCGUCAGGUGUUGGAUUUGUUCGAGGAAAUUCGACUGCUGUUAGCUACCUGUCUGUUCAAUUGGGCGGCACAGUGCGGGCUGCCAAGGGGAACAACGUUGAAGUUGAUCCGGCAUUUGGCCAAGUACAAAUCGACGGUGUCCAGUGGGGGAAUCGAUAAUGUGACACUGGCACUGCAGAUGGCACUGAUGUACGGGCUGGAUAUGAGUGUGAUUCAACGGCGGGAAGAUGGUGAAGAGAUUGUCAAACGUUUGGCUAUGGUCAAGGAUACGGAGUUUAUAGAAACGGUGAUGGAGGCACUGUCUGCCAGCUGGGAGUGCGAAGGGCUACGGUCGGUUUCGUUGUUUACGUUCGGUUUGGCGAUUGCCACGUUGAGAUUGGCUCCGCAAAGUUUGUAUGCCAAUUCCGCUCGGAUUAUCGAUCAGGAUGAGAUGCUGGUGGAUGCGGCUAUUCAGGGACGAGUUUUUGAUUUCAUUCACUAUACUUUGCUGGAGAAUGAAAUUAUUUUCCGGACGGAGUUUUAUUACCGCCGGAUGCAUGUACUUUUCACCGACUUUAUUGAGUUGAUGCAUUCCAAAGUGACGGAACUGCGGGCGAGGGCGGAUGAAACGGCCAGAACGGUGCAGGCUUUUCAACAGCAGGGACUGGAUCCACCGGCAAAUCUGUGUCGAAACUUUGAAGCCUUACUGCUGUCGGUUGGAAAGCUGUAUCAGAACGAUUGUUUGCGAUUGACCCUAUCACUGGAGUACUGGGGACCGAUGGAAGUGGCUGCCAACUAUCAGCGUGCCUCGUCGCGUUCCGUUUGUCUGUUCAAGUUUAUCCGUCUAGCGGGAGAGCUGCUUCCACCGACUCUCUUCAUACCGUAUCUGAAAAUGCUUUCCGGACUUUCCAGUUCUCCGCAGUCUGCUCGGAAUGCUUUCAACCUGCUCAAACAGGGAGGCGGUCCAGCGGGAGCUUCCGCUACAAUUUCCUGGGAUCACUUUUUCAAUUCCCUUUUCCGAUACUAUCAGAAUUUACGUCAGGAACAGAAUCCGGGAAGUGAAACCGUCUACCGCAAUCGAGCUCUCAGUCGAAACAUUAAUCCACAGGAAAUUGCCGGCCUGCAAGCGGUUCUUCAAGUUAUCCGAGCUGUGGCCACGUACGACGAGGUGGCCCGUGUUGCUCUCUGUGAACAUCCGAACUGGUCUCCGCUGCACGUUCUGCUGGGAUUGAUCAGCUGUUCGGUUCCAAUUUCGCUGAAAGCCGAACUGGUGCAGACACUUGCUGCCCUUGGGAAGAGUAAAGAAACGGCUUUGCAACUGUGGAACAACUUGGAGGCUUCGCAGAUCAUUGCCACCAUUCCGACUACCAGCACUUUCGUGAAUCGUGGAAUAGAAUCUGAGCUGGAGGAAAUCGAAAGUCGCAACGAAACUUACCCGUUAACCCUCGGGAUGUUGGAUUUGUUGCACAACCUGUGCCAAACUGCCAUUCCGAAAGGGCUCGGAGCUGGACCUCGGAAACCCGGCCUCGACCCGUACGUUACUUUCAUCAUCGAUGCCGUUUUUUUGCGCUUCUACAACCGAAACUACAAAAAUCCAGCGGAAAAGUGGCAAAUCGCUGCCAAGUGCCUACAACUACUGCACACAUUUGUCAAACACUACCUCCCUUCACCGGUGGAUUUUCCCUCGCCGAACCAAGCACGAGAGGAAAAUUCCGCUCCUGGUUUUCAUAUUCUUUUGCAAGUGAACACUAAAUCGGAUUUCCUCCGGCUGCUGCUGCACAUCAUCGACGAAUCCGUUAGCUUGUUCGAUACCUACGCACCGUUUCCGGGGCGUAAAUAUCUGGAGACAACUUCACUGUACGCUCUGCAGAUCAUCGAACGUGCCCUCGAGACGCAGGAGGAUUUUUUCAAUGCCCAUUUUGCUUCGAACUGUUCGAUUCUGUUGGCCGGUGUUAACAAACUACUGCUCGGCAUGAACCCACGCAGUGGAAAAGCGGAUCACAUGUUGAAUGUCACCCGGUUCGUAACCUACAGUUCGUGGCUUCCGGAAAACGCACUGAUAGCGGUUCGCAUUCUAACUGCGAUCAUGCGCCAACCGAACGUAAACCAGCAGAUUGUCGGACUGCUCACUCAAACCGAUCGUAUCCGCAAUGAAAUCCGGCAAGGCUUCGUAGAGUGUUUGGAGAGUGAAGCGGCUACACUGCCCGCCCAUUCUGCUGCCAGUGGAGAUGGCGGCCCCGCCGGGGAAGAUUUCGAUCAGGAAAUAGAUGAUUUUUCGGCUGCAGCUGAUGGUGCCGCCGGGUCCAGUGUGGAAUUGCAAAUCAAAGAAGCCAUCGUGGGACUGCUGCACGAGUGUUUGCCUCAGCAGAGUACACCGAAUUUGGCUCACUAUUUGCUUGGCUUUGAACUGAACAAGGAGCUUCGAUUGACCAAUCUGCAGCAGCCGGGUGUGAUGAACUUUCCCAGCAACUGUGCCAAGUCGCUGAUUACGCUGUUGGAUAAUGCACUGGAGUCAUCGAAAGCCGGCAAACAGUUCGGUUUCGCUCAGGAACGGUUGAUCGAAAAUGCCUACACGCUGCUGUACUCGUUGUGCUACAAUAGCCGUACCUCGGAGGUGAUUUUGCGUUUCCUACGUUCCUGCAAUGAUUUUCUGUGCCGGCACGUGUCCGGUCUUCCGUUCGGCAACGCCAGAAGUCCGCACGUACUCAAUCAGAUGACCGGACUGCUGAAGUGUGUGGCCAUCGAGUUGAAGCUGACGUCCGACAAAAAUCAGGUGUCCCAAUUCGGAAACAUCUGUAAGAUACUGCUCGGUGUGGUACAGCAGCAGGGCGCCGAACUGGUUCCGCUGGAAAUGACCCAUCACUAUAGUACCGUGAAUGCCAGUAUGAUGUCUACUGCGUUGGAAGCAACGACAGUGACAGUUCGAAAAGGGACGGAAUCGGCAAAGUUGUUGCUCUGUCAGUUGUUGGAUUGUUUGAAUUUCGAGAUUAAAUCAUUGGAGAAACCGAAAUGGGAUUACUUCGAUAACUCACUGCUUCAGGGUCUACUGCAGAACUGUGAGAUAGCGGUAGCUGGUGGUGGCGUGGGAGGCAGCGGCCUUAAAUUGAUCGAUAUCAAAAAGUUGCACGAUGUGCUGAAAGAUGAACUGAACUCGGUUCAAACGACGAUUGCCGCAGGCCAGAGGGCUCACAUCAUGGCGGAGAUCGAAACGAUUCUGAUGUACGCACUUCAGGUCAACAGUCAACGGAACUUGUGUGCAUCGACGGUACGAUUACUGGAAGCGUGGGGACAAGUUACGGAGGUUCUGUUUAGCGUAACACCUGCCAUGUUUGUGUCGUUGGAUGUCAAGCAAGGUUUGCUGGUUGAGAUAGUGCAAGCCAUUCUGGCGAAGGCUGUACCGAAUCAGAUCAUGCCGGAACUGGCUAAUUUGGCUUCGUCGACGGUGCUACUGUUGAUGGUUAAUUUGAGACAUUGUUUCACGUUGAAUAACAGUGGAGAAGCGGAAGCCCAACCGGAUCAGAGUUCACUGAUGAGCUCUUUCGGAGGUACCGUGGGACCCCGUGCGAUCGGCGGCGGCGGCGCCAGUGGAAGAAUGUUUUCACCGAAAACGAACACUCUGAGCUUACGGUACAUUUUGCAGAAUAUUCUCGAUUGGAUUUUGAUCAGUGGCGUGGGAUCGCAAAAGUUGAGAAUCAAUUUGUACGCUGCUCUGCUGAAUUACAUGCACAUCGUCAAAGGAAAUCGGGACAAAAGUGAACAGCAGUUGCAGAAUGUGCGGGAUGAAUUUUACGUUUCUCGGCUGGAUAAAAGUUUGUCUUCUUCGAGCAGGAGUCACGAUGUAACGGCAGACGAGUCGAACGCUCAGAUCGAGAUGGUUGUGGAAAUUUUCCAACAGUUCGGCGAUAAACUGAUAGACAUUCUAUGUCACGAUUGUACCGGCGGGCACGAUAUCUGUAAAAUGUUGGCCCUGUCCUGUGUCGAUAUGCUGCUGGACAUGGAUUCCAUGACCAACGUGAUUCAGUUCAUUUCGAAGCGUGGAUAUUUGUCUCACUUGAUCGACAGUUUACUGAAAAAUGAUAGCAAACUCUGUCGAAUCUUGGAUAAUCAACCGGAAAAUAUGAAAGCCUUGUACGUGUACGAGUCCAAAAUGGCCAUGCUAAGUCGAAUCGCAGGAUCCCACAUCGGAGCCGAGUUGUUGCUGGAGGAAAAGGCACUCAGUGUUCUGGCGGGGAUGAAAGUCUUCGACCUACAUCCGGACUUUCAAGUACUGAACUAUUCCUCCCACUAUCCGGUUUCGUCUAGCUUCAUUCCACCGAUCGAAGUUCGCUAUCAGCAAAUACUUUUUCCGGCGCUUAGCCUAUGUGAAGCAAUUCUUUCAACGUUGGGCCAAGAAAAUCAUUCUGCCGUAACUCAAAUCAUUCACUUUCUGCUGUCCCACGGGGACACCAUCGAAAUCGUACUGCGCGCAGGAACACCAUUUCUCAACAUCGGUCUUCUGCAGGAACUGGCCGGUAUAACUAGCUUGAUUGCUCGGGCAGCCAAUCAGGAAAUAUCCAACCUCAUCACACCGAACGCCAACCAAGACCUAGGAGCACAUCUCUAUCGGCUGCAGAAGCUUAUGUUAACGCUGUUUCCUCGGUUCACUCUCACCGAACAAACACUGAAAGAGCUUCAUCAAAACAUCCUGACCCAUUGCAGUGAACGCGAACGUUCGGAACAUCUGAAAUACUUCCUGCAGAUCGGUGCCAACUUGGCUCUGUACGCUCGCAAUAGUAUCUCCAACCAUUCCGUCGAUCAUCGCACCAUCAAUGUGCUGUUUUCACCACAGAUCAGCGAAACCAGUGUCCAUCAGCAGGGCCGACCGGAGAAUCGAGUCGCCCUGGACAGUUCGCACAGCAGUUUGAAUAUCGUAGUUUUGCAGCUGCGCUGUUCGGUCGAGUAUUACAACAAAGGCAAGCUAGGCUACGAGGGUCUCCUGCGACAACGGAACUCACUUCCCGGCUUAAGUCUGGAUGCUAAUGUUCAAAUCCAGCACGACAACCUAACGGAACGAAUCGCUUGCAAACAGGAGGAACUGAAGCGGUGCGUUUUCAUCACCGAACACUGCCUCUAUUUGCUGUGGGCCCAUCUAGACUUCUUCAUGCUGCGAGCUAUACCGGUCAAUGCACUGCAUCUGAGCGCCUCGUACGGAUCGGAAAAUUACCUCUCAUCGCAAUCCGAAGUCGGCUGGAAGAUCACAGCCGACGAUGUUGCCGUGCUGAAGAAAACCCUGAUCGGGGUGUUCAACGAAACGUUCUGUAAACAGUUGCUUGCCACCGCACAGGAUCAUACGCGUGCUUCGGACAAGGGCUUCAUCGAAGCGCUGAUGCGACGAAUCAAACGGCUGAUUCAGUUCGUUCCGGUUAAGUAGUUUGUGGGUGCUGCUUGCGGUGCGAAUUAAUUUUUGUUUUUCUCUCAAUGUUCAUUUACUGCCAGUUUUUAUGUUCAUUCUUGAAUGAUUAUUACACUGUUUCCGAGAUG